AUAGCAGGGCUGAACUUCGCGUUUUCUUUCUCGCCAAAGUAUACACCACUGUGUCCGAAAAACGGUUCGGCAACAAGCGCGCCCGUAUCCUAUGAGAAACAAAGGCCACUCAAGUUGUUGCGCGGCUAAUUAAAAAAAAAAAAGCGGAAAGUUGUGUUUUGUUUCUCCGGGACCUGGUCAGCCGCAGCCCAGACCUUCGAAGCACACAACCCGACUCUGAUGACAAGAGUUGUGAGGGGAUUCUUGUUUUUAAACAUACACACACACCGAAAACCCGGUCUUAUAGGGGAGCUCCCGGCCACGGUGCAAAAGCAGGCAGCUCGCUCAAGUUCUCCAUCGCCGUUCCUCAUAAUGCAUGUGAAUGUGGUGGCGGUGCUUCUCGCCGCCUGUGCCUCGUCUCCCUGUCGCUGGGUACGACUCCCGCACUGUGUGCUUGUUGUACUCGCUCGCUCUCUCUUCCUUUCUCUCGCUCUCCCCCUCUCUUUCCCCCCUCCCUUUCUCGCUCUCUCGCUCUCUCUCUCUUACACUGCCAGCCCCUGAUGUGAUGGCGAAGAAACCCCGUUGACAAGGCACUGCUUUUUCAUGACGUUGUCAUGGAUGAUGACGAUGAUGAGUCCUGUCUCUUUGAUCUUAUUGGAGACGCACAGGCACUGAAUUAUUUCUUACAUGGAGCAGGCAGUAAAUCUCAGAACAAUGAAGACUUGACUAAUGCAGGGUAUUCUGCAGCCAACUCAAAUUCCAUUUUCGCCAAUACUAGUAGCUCAGAUGCUAAGUCAUCAAUCAAAGGUGUGGGGAGUCAGCUUGGAGAGGGGCCUAGUGAUGGACUACAGUUGCCAAGCAGCCUUCAGUUUCUUGAUGAUGAACUUGAAUCUUCUCCAUUGCCUGAUCUCAGUGAAGAUCAGCCUUUUGAUAUCCUCCAGAAAUCUCUGCAGGAAGCUAAUAUUACUGAACAGACUUUGGCAGAAGAAGCUUAUCUGGAUGCCAACAUAGGCUCCAAUCAACAGUUUGCACAAACUCAUCUUCAUCCUUCCUCAUCAGCAUCUUUUACUCAGGCUUCUAAUGUUUCUAAUUACUCAGGUCAGACGCUGCAACCUAUAGGAGUUACUCAAGUGGUACAGCAACAAGUUGGAGCAUCUUUCGCAAGCAAUACAGUUGGUGUGCAACAUGGCUUUAUGCAACAUGUGGGAAUCAGUGUUCCCAGUCAGCAUUUGUCAAACAGUAAUCAAAUUGGUGGUUCCGGACAGAUACAGCUAAUUGGUUCAUUUAGUAAUCAGCCUUCUAUGAUGACCAUAAAUAAUCUUGAAGGAUCUCAUAUUAUAUUGAAGGGUGGUGGGCAGCAAGCACCUGCAAACAUGAGUGGUGGACUUCUGGUUCAUAGACAAACUCCUAAUGGUAACUCAAUGUUUGGCAACUCAAAUUCAAGCCCAGUAGCACAACCUGUAACUGUUCCAUUUAAUAGUACAAAUUUUCAGACAUCUUUGCCUGUGCAUAACAUCAUUAUACAGAGGGGUCUUGCUCCAAAUUCUAACAAAGUUCCCAUCAAUAUUCAACCAAAACCUAUUCAGAUGGGCCAGCAAACCACUUACAAUGUGAAUAGCUUGGGAAUACAGCAGCAUCAUGUGCAACAAGGGAUUCCUUUUGCUUCAUCAAACUCGCCUCAAAAUUCAGUAGUUGGUCCACAUAUGUCUGUUAAUAUUGUUAGUCAACAAAACCCAAGAAAAUCAGUCACUCCCCAGGCUGUAAGUAAUGCUGGUGGUAGCAUUGUUAUCCAUUCUCCCAUGGGACAGCCUCAUACACCACAGAAUCAGUUCCUUAUACCCACAAGUCUGUCAGUAAAUCCUAAUUCAGUUCACCAUGUGCAGACUAUCAAUGGACAGCUUCUUCAGAAUCAGCCUUCACAGCUUGUGUCCAGCCAAGUAUCUACUGAUCAUGUUAUGCUGAACAGGAACUCUACAAACAUGCUUAGAACUAACCAACCAUAUUCAGGACAGAUGCUGAAUAAUCAGAAUGCUGUGCAGUUAGUUUCUGGUCAAACAUUUGCAGCUCCUGGAAAUCAAGUUAUAGUAAACCAUGGGACUUCUCAAAUUGUUGGUAGCCAGGUUCCGUUGCAGCAGGCAUCUCCUGCUGUGUUGCAUUUGUCUCCUAGCCAAGGAAACAUUUCCCAAGGUAGAACGGGCUUUACCACAAUGUCUCCUGGACAGGCAUCUGGUUCAAAUAUGUCAUCAAACAAUCGGUUUACUGUUGUGAGUUCUGCCACCUCACAUCCCAGCAUUGGCCCAUCAGCCCAUUCUGUUGCUUCCAGUGGGAAUUUUGCUGGAGAUCAAGUUGUUCAGCAAAAUAGAAUGCAGUUGGCAGUCAGCGCAUCACAUCGUCUUCCAGUUUCUUCUUCCAAACCUGUCAACACCUUUAGUCACACAUCAGUAACCCAACCACAGUUUUCCUUUGGCCAGGGUCAAAAAAAAGUUUCAAACUUGGCAUCUUCAGUUUCAUCAUCAAAAUCACAAGAUAGCCUGAGACAACCUCAGCUAACAAGUAUUUUAGGACAAGAUACAGGGGCCAAGGUUAUGCAGCAGCCUGUAGGAACUGCACUGCCACACCAGGAGAAGCAAGUAGGAUCAUCUCUUACACCACCAAAAGUGCAGGUGGAUGAUCGUCACACAAUAGGACAAAAGAGACCAGCUGCUAAACAGUUAACAAAAGGAGCCUUCAUUCUACAGCAGUUACAGAAAGACCAGGCACAUGCUGUAACUCCUGAUAAAAGUCAGUUCAGAUCUUUAAAUGAAGCAGUCCAGAGACUCCUCUCAUAUCAUGUGUGCCAAGGAUCACUGCCAACAGAAGAUGACUUAAGGAAAGUGGAUAAUGAAUUUGAAUCAGUAGCCACACAACUUCUGAAAAGGACCCAGGCUAUGCUAAAUAAGUACAGAUGUCUGCUCUUGGAAGAUGCGAUGAGGAUAAAUCCUUCUGCAGAAAUGGUAAUGAUUGACAGGAUGUUUAACCAGGAAGAAAGACAAGCUCUGUCCCGAGAUAAACGUCUUGCAAUAGUUGACCCUGAUGGUUUUCUGGCAGACUUUUGUUGUCCCUCUACGCAGUUUGACAAGAUUGACAAUGGAACACAGCCUGGCAAAAGUGAUCAUCAGUCGAGCAAACAUUUAACUUCUCAGAACCAGACUGCUAAUACCCAAAUCAGAGACGGAUCAAUUUCAAGCACAGCAGAGUCUUUUAAUCACAACAAAGUUCAUGUAGUGCCUAACAAUAUUGUGAGUCCACAGCAAGGAAACAUUUCUGUUAAAAAACCAGAAAAUCUCACAAAAGCUUUAAAGUUUGAGAAAGCAAGCUGCUCUCCUGAAUGCCAACUUAUGCCUGCUUCUGAACAAAAAAUAGCUGGUAAAGACCCUGACAAGGUUAAUGAAAACUCUUUAAACUCUGAUGAUCAUUCAUUGAAAACCUUACGAAGUACAGAUCAUGGUACACAAAAUAAAAUUUGUCAGAAUAGAGUUGAUUCUCACUCAGAAGCAACAUAUAAUCAUUCAUUGCAAGACAAAACUCUUCGGAGUUCUCCAAAGAAUGAGGAUUUGCAUCCAGACAACUUGAAAGACUCUGGGAAACCUCAAAAGGAUUUGUUGCUUAAUAAGAGUUUAGAGACUACGUUCAAAAAUAUACUGGAACUGAAAAAGACUGGGAGACAGCCACAAGGCGAGGCAGUUGGCAGUGGGUCUUUAGAAUUAGAAUAUCCACACUUUUCACUUAUUGCUUCACAGGAAAACUGCCUGGAGAAAUUUAUUCCAGACCACAGUGAAAGUGUUGUAGAAACUGACUCUCUUCUAGAAGCCGCUGUAAAUAGUAUCUUAGAGUGUUAAUAGUGCAGUACCAUGGGCAUAUUUCUCUUACGAGCAAAUGUGAAUGACACCACAAGUACAGCCUGACAUACAUCGAAGGGUACCCUUUCUAAACUAGGUUCUGUUCUGUGUUUGGAAGCAAUACUCAUUGUGGUUACAGUGAGAUAUUCAGUUAUGUACAUCCCUAAGAGAAAGCUGUUUGGUAGGGCCUGUGCAUUGGCUAAAAUUUGGUUUCGUAAUAUGAGAAUGCAUCUUAAUGAGUCACAGGUUGUGUAGCUGCAAGGAGGAGAUUAGAAACUUUUGCUUCUGUUAGAUUAAUCAUUGUUUAGCAUGUCAUUGGAACCAUAAACUGGGGUCAAUUUUAAUUAUAGUAAGUUGGAACAAACCAACUCCACCAAAAAUAUAGCUCGAUCUUAGCUUGUUUCCAUUAACAAACUUAACAGUAGGUUGUCCUGAUUUAGUAAACAGCAGGCUGUGGUUAGUCAAACAUUGAAGUGGAAACUGCCAGACUUACUGUGGUGUAUGGUUUGAUAUUGGGUCUGAACCAGCCCUACGUGAUACUGUUUGUGCUAAUUGUUUCAAUAUGACAGCUUAAUGAAACUGCAGUUUACUAGGCCCUAAAUAACUAGGUAAUAUACUGACAAUCACAGUCCAGUAAUAAGUGUGAUAAAUAAAUGUCAACUAUUCGCAUUUAAUCAAAAAAAGCCCCUGGCCUUCACCCACCUCCCAUCACUUGAUUUUAAGAUUUGAUGUUUGUGAUAAAGAAACUACAUAGUACCGCUGUUCAGAAAUGCCUGUCUCUCAGGUUUGGAAGAGAGAGAAAUUUCUUGAAGGAGAGACAUUGUCAUCAGAGUGUUUACAGGGCUUUAUAACUUCAAGUGCUUUUCUAUUGCUCAGUGAGCAGAAACAUAUUAUCAAGACUUUUGUCUGUGGAAGAUAUUGUACGCAGCUAGACUAAAUACAUGCUACACAAAGAAGGCAAAAGAUGCAAAAUAGUAAAGGAGGAGGCUAUGAGCCAUGAAAUUCUACCCCCACACAGAAAUUCUUCAAGAAAAUAUUCUGCAUUCUAUAAUUGGAUAUAGUCAAAAUCUUUCUGAGGUGGUGUAAUUUUUUUCUAGACCAAGUAUCAAGCACUUUUAUUUGAAAAUUGUGUUGUUAUUAGUAGUAGUUUAUACUUUUAAGGAGAUGCUGGCCUUAAUCUAAAUAAUUUAAAGACCCAUGUGUUUUUUGUCUGUUUCUGCUGUUCAAGAAUGUUAAGUCAUCUGCAGUGGCAGUCAUAAUUACCAAAAUAUGUGCAAACCAAAGUUAAUCCACUGCCCCAUUAAAAGCAUCUAAUUCAUGAUUUAGAGCCAAAGGAAUCACAUGCAUGGUUUCCAUCUGGCUGGUGGUCAUAUUGAACAAAAUAAUCAUUUUAUCUUAUCUUUUAAUCUCUAGCAUUCUUUUCCUGUGUUGCCAUGUUUGUUUUUGUUUUUCAGCUCUGUUGGGUACAUUGAUUUUGAGCCAUUAGUACAAGGGAUGUAGUAUCUAUUUGGGCCCGUGGUUUGUAUGGCAGUUUCUCUUUAGUUUCCUUUACAGCCACAUUCAAAAACUUCCAAGUUGAUGCUAUCAUAGCCUAGUGACCUAAUAGUGGCUCUUGUAUACACAUAGACACUUCCUAAUAUUGAUUAAGAAUGAGGAACUCCCUUGUGCAUUCAUCUGUGGAGCUCCAUCACACAGCAGCCGUGACAAACUGUGGUUGUCAGUCAGAUUGCCAGUAUGCCCGGGGGGGGGGAGAAUCAACUUGUGCUUUUUAAAUAACAGUAUGCUACUAAUGUAAGAGCCAUUGCUCUCUUCCAGUCAUCACAAGACCCCACCACCAUCCCUUCUUGAGACAGCAUAGGGAAUAAUAAAAUAUAUCCAAAUUUAAUAGAAAAAUCGUAUCAUUUAAAGCUCAUCCCACCAUUGCCAGAAACAGAUGUGUGGAAGGCUCUCUUUCAUUUUUAUUGUCAGUUUUAAAAGUGUUUCAGUUGUAAAAUUACAGAUUUGUAGAAGCCUACAUUCUGUAGUGAUUGUCACUUGAAAGACUUUAAAUCUUGACUGACAUUGCUACUUUGGUGAAUCUUUAUACGCAUGGAGUCUGGUACUUGUUUUCUUAUCAGUGAUAUAAGGUUGUGCGGCCAUUGCUUUUCCCUCAAGACCUGUAAAGGAAUAAUUAAUUGAACUGUAACCAUAAUGAGAUGUCUAUGAAAACCAUUUGUUACACAGUCACAUAAAUCAAGUGAACUUGGAUCUGAUCGAAACAUGACAAAACUCGACACACAUCCAUAAACCCUCCUUCUUUUGGUUUUAUCUGGGAGUGUAAAGUUUCCUUCAACUGUACAGAAUAUUCUGAAUUUAAAUACCAAAACAAAGCCUUUAUGUUUGGGAUAUUAUGUGAAAAUUUAUGUUUCAAUAAAGUUCUAGCCAGGGCAUCUGAAAUGCACUUCGUCAAUGUGGACUGAAUCAUAACUUAUGUGUAUCUCAGCAUUUUAUGCUGGGAGCCCUCUGAACAAUGUUCAGCUAAAUUAACCUGGGGUAGCUAAUGUAUUUUAUUUAUUAAAAUGAACUUGGUUUUAGAGCUCUGAAUAUUUUAAUUGGUAAUGCAGUAAAAAUAUUUUUGUUCGUUGUACAAAGAAGUGUGAUUUUGUUACGCAGCCCAUGGUCCUGAAUCCAGUGAAGGCCAUUUAUUUGUGCUUAACUGCUUUGUAGGCUUGGUCUCUUGACUUCCUGGAUGUCUUUCCAUAUUGUUCAAGGUGAAAACAAAAUUUUAGCUGGCAACUAUGAAAAAUAUCUGAUUCAUCAAGGUCAGCGUAAUUGAUCUGUUAAAUUUGGGAGGCCUUACAGACUGACUUUAAUGAAAGAGGAUGUGUCACUUUUUGUCAGUGUGGUAUGGACUUUAUUUGCUUAAAUACUUUCAUUUGUAUAGUAUGUCUCACUUGAAAUUGCUUUGUAUACAUUUUGUAAAAAUAUUUAUAAAAUGUUUUGUAAAAAAAGUAUAAGAAAUUGCAGUUUAUUUUGUUAUGUUGGAUAAAUACUGUUAAAAGACAAACGUUGGUAAAAUAUAUUGUUAACCCAUGGAUAGGAAAUGUUUAGCUGGAGACUACAGAUUGAAACAACCAUUGCAAUACAGCCAAAGAUUUGGGAAAAAACAUGUUAUCUGUGAUUGUCUUGUUUUAACCAAGAUAAAUAGGUGCCACUGCAGAUUAUUUUUUUAUUACACAUACAAUCUACUUCCAACAUGGAACUAAGGGCAACUAUUUAAUGUCCUUAUGUGGUCCUCCAUUUUACCUCUGACAAAUCUUAAGAUCUCAGCAGCUUUAUUCAUAAGCUUUCAGACUAUGUCAUGGGAUCAUAUUUCCUCCAGGACUUCACAGAUGGAAUAGAGAAUUGGUUGUCUUUUCACACCAAAGGUUAAAAUUUAAUCCUUAUGCUCUGUUCAACUGCAGGGGUGAUAAUUGUGGGCUUUGUAUGACUCCGAAGGCCAUUCUUACAGCCUUUGGAACCCCUAGAAUUGUUCCUGAUUUUUAGAAUAACGAGUACCCCACCCAGGAAGAUUGUGCCUCCAGGGGGCACUGUCCUCCUUGAAAACAAGGUUUGCCCUCCUGUGCCUUGUUUACCAGUCUUCUUCCACCCUCCCCAAACAAGUCCAUUUCGGAACUGGUGGCCAGUUUCAGUUUUGGUUUCAUUUGGACUGUAUGGUGCAUUCUAUGGGGUCCUGGGAUCAGACAAACGGCUCUUAGCUCUCCGAAACUUGCUCACCCUUGCUUUACUCCAGUCUAUUUAUGCUAUAUUCAGUUAUUCUACAAUAGCAUGCCCUUUGCUUUCAAAAGCUUGCUCUCAAUGCCACAGAUCAAGAAAAACAAAUUUUGUUGCACCCUGAUCUGUUAAUUGUUUUCAGAAAAGAGUGAGACGUAGGUAUAAACAGUGAAUUCAUCACUCUAAUCAAUAGACAGUAAUCUCCAUGGUUGGCAUAUGUGAAAUGACAGGCAGUGCUCUGCCAGAGACUUUAUUACUGAGCAGCAACACUUUCCAAUAUCUCCCCAAAGCCUUUAAACAUCAUUACUGCCUUUAUGUUUUUCAAAAAGGGCUUAUUGUGUAUCAAUUCUUAACAGUAUCAGUUGCUUUGGAUGCCUAUUGUUUGACAGAAAGGUGGCAUAUAAAAAUUCAUAGUAGCAUUAAAUCUACCUACCUAACUGAAACAAUGUCCUGCCUCCUAUUCUCACACUAUUCAAGGAAGGGGGCUGAAAUCUGAAGAAAGCUCUAGUAAUGCACACAAUUUUAUUAAGGCCUUUCUUCAAAGCAGAACAGUGGCCAUUGUUUAUAAGAGGAUAGGUAAUAGAAAAUGGGAAUGCUUGGAGUGUAUGUAUGCAUUAUAUUGUGUUACUGCAGAAUGAAAUAUUGUUAUGUGCUGUCAAGUUAGAAUUGACAUAUAUGGUGACCCUAAUAGGUUUUCA